AUAGAGUAGAAAUUACAAAUUUACAAACAAGAAAAAAAAAAUCUCAAGUGGAGAACAAAGAAAGAAUGGGAAGAAUAAGCAGCGUCCAAAGGAGAACAAAGAGGGAAGUGUGGGCAAAUCUCAAAAGCAUUGAGCAUCUUCAACCUCUCCUCAACGGUAAGAAAAGAAAAGAAAAAUCUGAUUUUCCCACACUCACGUCCAAUCAAUUCCCCCUUUGCUCUUCUCUUCGACAUCGUCCCUCAUUCCUUCCUGUACUUACAUAAACACCCUUUGCCACCCAGUUCUGUCGUCUUGCCUCUCCACCAACAAAUCUCAAAUCUAAGCCUUACGUCUCUUUUUCUCUCCUUGAGUCUUCAUUUUUUUCUAUUACAAUGGCUUCCGCCACUACUUCCACCACUUUUUCACUCCUCAAAACCACCGCCUCCACUACCCCUUCCUCCGCCACGCGCACUUCUGCAUCCCUCAUUCGCAUAGCCCCCACGCGCCUCCACCACAAAUCCACCUCUCCCCUCCAGAGCCUAGGCUUCUCCGCUGCUGCUUCUGGGGACUCAUUGCUUUCCCUCCAUGUCUCCUCCAAAGUUCGAUCAUUCAAAGGAAAAGGGUUGAGAGGGGUUGUUUCGAUGGCGAAGAAGAGUGUUGGGGACUUGACUGGAUCUGAUUUGAAAGGGAAGAAAGCGUUUGUGAGGGUUGACUUCAAUGUUCCAUUGGAUGAUAACCAGAACAUUACAGAUGACACCAGGGUCCGUGCUGCUAUUCCCACCAUCAAGCAUUUGAUUCAAAAUGGAGCUAAAGUCAUUCUCUCUAGCCACUUGGGGCGGCCAAAGAGUGUCACUCCAAAAUUCAGCUUGGCUCCUCUUGUACCCCGGCUCUCUGAACUACUUGGCAUUCAGGUUGUUAAGGCUGAUAACUGCAUUGGUCCAGAAGUAGAAAAGUUAGUUGCUUCACUUCCUGAAGGCGGUGUUCUUCUUCUUGAGAAUGUUAGAUUUUACAAGGAGGAGGAAAAGAAUGAACCUGAAUUUGCAAAGAAGCUUGCCUCCUUAGCUGAUCUCUUUGUUAAUGAUGCAUUUGGGACUGCACACCGGGCCCAUGCAUCAACUGAGGGUGUUACAAAAUUCUUGAAGCCAUCAGUUGCUGGUUUCCUUUUACAGAAGGAACUGGACUACCUUGUUGGUGCAGUUUCAAGCCCAAAAAGGCCAUUUGCUGCCAUUGUGGGUGGUUCAAAGGUCUCUUCCAAGAUUGGAGUUAUUGAAUCACUCCUUGAGAAAUGUGACAUUCUCCUUCUUGGUGGUGGUAUGAUUUUCACGUUUUACAAGGCACAAGGUCUAUCAGUUGGUUCAUCCCUGGUAGAAGACGAUAAACUUGACCUUGCAACAUCACUCCUUGCAAAGGCCAAGGCAAAAGGAGUGUCUCUUUUAUUACCCACUGAUGUGGUUGUUUCAGACAAGUUCGCCCCUGAUGCAAACAGCCAGAUUGUGCCUGCAUCUGCCAUCCCUGAUGGCUGGAUGGGAUUGGAUAUUGGACCAGAUUCUAUUAAAACAUUCAAUAAAGUUUUGGAUACUACCCAAACCAUCAUCUGGAAUGGACCAAUGGGAGUGUUUGAAUUUGACAAGUUUGCGACUGGGACAGAGGCUAUUGCAAAGAAGCUAGCAGAACUUAGUGAGAAGGGAGUGACAACCAUUAUUGGAGGUGGAGACUCUGUUGCUGCUGUAGAAAAAGUAGGAGUUGCUAGUGCAAUGAGCCACAUUUCAACUGGUGGUGGUGCCAGUUUGGAAUUGUUGGAAGGGAAGGAGCUUCCAGGUGUUGUUGCCCUGGAUGAGGCUACCCCAGUUGCUGUAUAAGAUCAAAUCAAUUUUUCCCCAUCCUAACUGUUCAGUGAUUUUUUUGGUUUUGUAAUCGAGAAAUGAGUUCAUGUUGUAAAUGUCUGCCUCUCCCUUUCCUGCUCCCCGCUAAAGUUGUCAGAAGAGUGCUAAGAAUUGGCAAACUGAACCUUGCUAACUAUUUCAAAUAAAUUGGUUCAUUUUUAUCAAAACCAUUUUCUUGCAUUAUUUUAUUCUUAUAUCGAUCUGAAACUAUUUCAUUUGGAACGUUAUACAACAAAUGAAGUAUAAGGGAAAUUAGGUGGAUGAUUGAACAAAGGUUUAAUUAGUCUCCUGUCUGGUUU